AUGACUCAUUUGCAGGCAGGUCUGUCCCCGGAGACCCUGGAGAAAGCCCGGCUGGAACUGAAUGAGAACCCAGAUACCCUGCAUCAGGACAUUCAGGAAGUACGGGACAUGGUGAUCACCCGGCCAGACAUUGGUUUCCUCCGCACGGAUGAUGCCUUCAUUCUUCGCUUCCUUCGAGCCAGAAAGUUCCAGCAUUUUGAAGCAUUUCGCUUGUUGGCCCAGUAUUUUGAAUAUCGGCAGCAGAACCUGGAUAUGUUUAAGAGUUUCAAAGCCACUGACCCAGGCAUCAAGCAGGCACUCAAGGAUGGCUUCCCAGGAGGGCUGGCCAAUCUUGACCAUUAUGGCAGGAAGAUCCUGGUCCUCUUUGCUGCCAACUGGGACCAAAGCAGAUACACAUUGGUGGAUAUUUUACGUGCCAUACUUCUUUCAUUAGAAGCCAUGAUUGAGGAUCCAGAGCUUCAAGUGAAUGGAUUUGUUUUAAUUAUAGACUGGAGCAAUUUCACAUUCAAGCAGGCUUCUAAACUGACACCAAGUAUGCUUCGAUUAGCCAUAGAAGGCCUUCAGGACAGUUUUCCAGCUCGCUUUGGAGGAAUUCAUUUUGUUAAUCAACCAUGGUACAUCCAUGCCCUCUACACAGUUAUACGACCUUUUCUAAAGGAAAAGACAAGGAAAAGGAUAUUUCUUCAUGGGAAUAACCUAAACAGCUUACACCAACUAAUCCAUCCUGAGAUUCUGCCUUCUGAAUUUGGAGGGAUGCUGCCCCCUUAUGACAUGGGAACAUGGGCAAGAACGCUACUAGAUCAUGAAUAUGAUGAUGACAGUGAAUACAGUGUAGAUUCCUACAACACUUCUGCAAAAGAAGUAGAAAAGGAUCUGUCUCCCAAAUCCAUGAAGAGGUCUCAGUCAGUUGUGGAUCCUGGAGUGUUAAAGCGCAUGGAUAAAAAUGAGGAAGAAAACAUGCAGCCUUUGCUUUCACUUGACUAA